GUGGGAAGAUUGGAACCUAAUCACUCGGUGGAGGAGAAUACUUCGUCACAUUCAUUGAUGAUCACCAUGUGUGGGUCUAUAUCCUCAAGCACAAAGACUGGGUCUAUAUCCUCAAGCACAAAGACUGGGUAUUUCGGCGAUUCCAAGAGUGGAAAGCCCAGGUCGAGAAGUCGAGCGGAAGACAAAUCAAGGCUCUUCGCUCUGACAAUGGAGGUGAGUAUAGUAUAGAGUGAGGUGAGAAUUCGAGUCGUACUUGACCAA